UGGCUGUCAGGGUGUCAGAACAAGCAUCCCGGCUCGAGGGUUUCGAGGAGGAGAGGGCGCAAGGGCGAGGGAACCGGGGCAGGUUGCGGAAAGAGGCGCGGAAAGGCUGCUGGGGGCUUUAUAAGUCUGCUGAGCGCGAGGAGGUGGCCUGAAGACGCGCUGGGACUUCACACACUGCUGUUCUCGGGACACUGCUGUCCCCGACCCAGCCCUGAGCCCAGGAGCAGCGCCAGGAUGUCUCAGCCACUGGUUGCCCUGCUUCUCCUCCUCGCCAUCAACGGCGCCCUUGCCCUCCGGAUCUGCUCCUUCAACAUCAGGUCCUUCGGGGAAACCAAGAGGGAAAACCAGAAGGUCAUGGAUGUCAUUGUGAAGAUCAUCAAACGCUGUGACAUCAUACUCCUGAUGGAAAUCAAGGACAGCGCCAACCAGAUCUGUCCCACGCUGAUGGAGAGGCUGAAUGGAAAUUCAAGAGCCACAACAUACAACUGUGUGAUUAGCUCUCGGCUCGGAAGAAAGACAUAUAAAGAACAGUAUGCCUUUAUCUACAAGGAAAAGCUGGUGACUGUGAAGGAAAACUACCUCUACCAUGACCUUCAGGAUGGAGACACAGAUGUCUUUUCCAGGGAGCCCUUUGUGGUCUGGUUCCAGUCACCCCAAACCGCUGUCAAGGACUUCGUGAUUGUCCCGCUGCACACCACGCCCGAGGCGUCCGUGAAGGAGAUCGAUGAGCUGGUGGAUGUCUACGAGUACGUGAAGCGCCGUUGGAAGAAGGCAGAGAAUUUCAUUUUCAUGGGCGACUUCAAUGCCGACUGCAACUAUGUCCCCAAGAAGGCCUGGAGCAGCAUCCGCCUGAGGACCGACAGCAAGUUCGUUUGGCUGAUCGGGGACCAAGAGGACACUACUGUCAAGACGAGCACCAACUGUGCAUAUGACAGGAUCGUGCUGAGAGGACAAGCGAUCGUCAACUCCGUUGUGCCCAAGUCAAGCAGCAUCUUUGACUUCCAGAAAGCGUACGGGUUAACUGAAGAGGAGGCCCUGGAGGUCAGUGACCACUUUCCAGUUGAAUUCAAACUACAAUCUUCAAAGGUCUCCACCAACAGGAAAAGAUCUUCCUCUUCAAAGAAGAGAACCAGGGCCCGCCGCACCUAGAUCCAAGGGCACCAUUUUCUUAACCAUUUCUUGCCUCUAAACAAACAGCUCUAACAGCAUGAACUGCCCCCUGCAGCCAAGAAACAAGACUGGCCCGCUGCCCUCAUUUUUCAACUUGGAUUUAAUCCGACUUAACCCGAAUUGGGAGGAGACUCUUCCAUUAUCCCCCGUGGCUGGUACCUCCCCGGAACUGCCCAAGAGGAAACGGGGCUUUUGCAGCCAAAAGGAGGGUUUUCACGCCCUGAGCGAGAGCCCUGCCCCCGCAUGGCCACUGCCCAGGCUGGCCCUGGAGAGGCUGCUGCAGGAGGAAGAACAUCCGUUUUCAGUCUCACGAGGGACCCUGUUCCACCAGAAAUGACCAGAAAUGCCAAGGCCCCACCUGCACCCCAUGACUCGGGCAAUUCACUGGGGAAUCUGGCCACCAUCACAUCUCACAGGGAUCGGGGAUGAAGGCUUCUCCCACCUGGCCUUCCUGCCUCUGAACUGUCCUCCAACUCAGCCAGCCCAGGGACCACCAGUGUCCUCCUUUGAACUUUCAUUCUGACCACAGGCCACCUCGUUCUCACCACCAUUUGGAGAGAGCCAGAGGUUUUGGACACCGCGAAGGCCUCUGUAUCGGCUGUGCCGUGUCAGACUCCCCUCCGUCCCACCUGGCACUUGGCGCCCAGCAGGGCCGCCUCUUCCCUGUGCCCAUGUGCCCUGUCCCAUCCCAGAGCCGGGGCGAGGUGCCCGGCCCAUGUCUGCUGCCUCCCUCUUGUAACGUUCCCCACAUUGCACUUGUCACCAAGGCCACUAUUGGGGCUUCUUGGGGGACCCAGUGGAUCAAAGGCCCAGGUGGCUGGCAGAGACUCGAGGAUUUUAUCAUAUUUCUGCAACCAAAGAGCUGCAGGGGGGCCCAGCAGCGGGGCACACGCUACCUGCGUCCUGUACGGUGACCGCUUUUGCUGUUUUUCCUUACAUUGUCUCCUUGUUCAAGCAGUUUGUGAACAUGACUAACGACAGGAGCAGCACCAGAGGAAAAGCAGCGACAAAGGAUGCCGCCCCCAUCCCUCCAUCCCCCGCUUCCUGUCUCAGAAGCAACCCCUCUUCCCAGCUAUGCAUUCUGCCAGAGUCUGUACAUAAACGAGCACAAAUGUAACCUUGGAAAAUACAGAGGAAAGCACGCUAUCGA